AUGGUUCACUAUACGGGGUCACUGAAGGAUGGAACAAAGUUUGAUUCUUCUCGGGACCGAGCUCAGCCAUUUAAAUUUAAAAUCGGUGAAAAUCAGGUCAUCAAGGGCGGGGAAGAAGGAUUAGUUCAGAUGAGUGUUGUACAGAGAGCAAAACCAACCCACACCUCUGACUAUGCUUAUGGAGCUGCUGGCCACCCUGUCGUUAUUCCACCUAAUACUACUAUGAUUUUUGAUGUAGAGUUCUUGAGACUUGAGUGA